AUGGUCCAUCCACCCCCACCUUCACACUCUAUCAUUAGAGCGUCGCCAUCAUUGAUGGCGGACGGCGCCGUCUGCACCUCCACCACCACAUUCAACACCAAUUUACUCCGACGUGUGUGUCACAAAAGACAUCGCCAUCGAGAAGCUCUUCAUCAGUGUACACGGAAAAUACUUUUCUCGUAUUCAGAUUACGACAGAAAUCCUCAAAUCAGUCGUCAUCAAGCCGCCCGGAGAGAGGAAGAUAAAAAACCCGGUUUCGGUGUUGGAGUAAAAUUUGAUAGAAUAAAUAUUAAACAUGGUACCCAGAUAAUGUUCCAAUGCAUACAGUGUUCAUGUUGGUAA